AUGGAAGACGCAUCAAGUUUAGAAGAUUCCUCAUUGAGUGACAAAAUUGAAGAACCACCAAAAACUUAUACUGAUACAGAUAGAGAAGAUAUUAGUUAUCAUUCAUCUCAUUAUUUGAGACAAUCUACUAGUAAUAGCCCGCCCACGAUAGAACGAGUAUAUACCGUUGGUGAUAAUCAAGAAUUUAUCGUCAUUGGUAAUCAAAAAUUUUUAAAACAAGAAUUAAUUCAUGCAUUUGGGGGUACAUUAAAUCCAAGUUGGCAACCUCCACCUGCUCAUAGAUUUGGUAAUCCAGCACCAUUAGGAUUAUGUGCAUUUGCAUUAACCACGUUUGUAUUGUGUGCAUAUAAUGCCAAAGCACAAGGUAUUCAUAUCCCCAAUGUAGUUGUUGGACCAGCCAUGUUUUAUGGUGGGAUUGUUCAAGUCAUUGCCGGUAUUUGGGAAAUAGCGGUGGAAAAUACAUUCGGUGGUACAGCAUUAUGUUCAUAUGGUGGGUUUUGGAUGAGUUUUGCAUCAUUAUAUAUACCAUGGUUUGGUAUUCAAGCUGCAUAUGAAGGUCAUGAAAAGGAAUUGGGGAAUGCUAUUGGAUUUUAUUUAUUAGGUUGGUGUAUAUUUACAUAUGGAUUAGCAUUGUGUACAAUGAAAUCCACAGUGAUGUUUUUCACGUUAUUUUUCUUAUUAGGUCAUACAUUUCUAUUAUUAUCCAUUGGAUCCUUCACUGGGAAGGAGAAAGUAACCCAGGCUGGAGGUAUAUUGGGUAUAAUAGUGGCUUUUGUAGCAUGGUAUAAUGCAUUCGCAGGUUUGACGGAUAAACAUAACUCAUACGUUGUUCUUGGAUCCAUACCAUUACCAAGUAAUGAUGCUCAUGUAUAA